GGCAGUCUCAUUCCGGGACAAGAGGAAGUCAGUCUCCACUCCCUGGGCCCGCGCCUCUCUGCCCCCUGCCCAGAGGAAGGGGGAAGCCAGGGCCCCCUCUGGGGGCCCAGGCCCCCAAUCCCUCCCAGCAGAGGAAGCCAAGGGUGGCGCAGAAACCAUGGAAACCAGCCAAGGCAGCAGCCAGAGGAAUCAGCUCAGACAGCAGGAAGACACAUCCAGAGGUCCCCUGAGAAGUGUGAGCAAGCCUCGGAAGGGCUGCGUGUGAAGAAGCCCUGGUGCACAUGCUCUGUGCCUGGUGGAGACCAUCUGCUUUAUCUGAAGACUUUCAGAAGCUGAGGAGCCGGGAAGCUCAAACACCAUCUUGUCUGAGUCAGGGACAAGUGACUUGAAGUGCACGCUCUUUCUUGGCAGGACCUGCUGUUUCCCAAAAACAUCUACCUGUGCCAUUAUGUGAAACAAUAACCUGGCUUCCAGAAUUCUGUUCACUGAAAGAGGCUCCUUUUCUCUCCCUUCCCCAUGCUCUGAUUCCUGUUCCAUCCGUAGACAGAUCCUACUCCAAGGGCAGAGCCUGUGCCUCCCCCAUCAGACUGGGGGGGGGGGCGGGCUGUGCCUCCCCCAUCAGACUGGGGGUACCCUCUCCUCCAAAGCCUGGAUUCGUGAUGGGGUGGGGUGGGAAUGAAUCCGUGGUGUGAAGUGAGGGGCUGGGCAGGGAGGAGGGUGGAAGUUGAGGUGUGGAAAGUGCAGGAGGGAGCUUCUGUGGGGAGCCCAGGGGAUUUGCAAUCCCAGCCGCGGAACCCUUGCCAGGAGCAGGUCUCUCUGGAGCAGGAUGGCCCAGGAGCUCAGCGAGAAGGAGCUAUUGAAGAUGGAGGUGGAACAGUUGAAGAAGGAAGUCAAGACCCCACGAACCCCGAUUUCCAAGACAGGAAAGGAAAUCAAGGAUUAUGUGGAGGCCGAAGCAGGAAACGACCCUCUCCUCAAAGGCAUCCCUGAGGACAAGAAUCCCUUCAAGGAGAAGGGCGGGUGUGCGAUAAGCUGAGGGCCCUGGGGCCCCGCCCCCCGACCAUCUGUCCCUCCUCAGCCCCGCUCUUCACCGGGAACCCAGUGUCCGGGGACACCCAGGGACCCGGGGACUCUCCACCCUCUCUCGGCCACAGCAGUAGACACCUGGCCCGUGCACUGGGGAGCCGUGCCCCACUCCCACCUUCAGUUCUCCUCUCCUCCACCCGCUGGGUCACUGGGAGGCCCUCAAGGACAGCUUCUCGGGCUCAGCAACUGGCACCUUCCGUGGUGGGGUCCCAAGAGCUGGCCACGCCCUGAGACCCCGGACAGCACCCUUAGAGACCUUUAUCCCUCCCUGGAGCCGUCCCGUCUUUCCCUCCGCUCUCUUCCUAGGAGCCAGCAUUCCUACUCAGAAUAGUUUGGGUUGGGGGCCAGAGUGGGGGGGGGGCCCUUCUUCCCCAUCUCACGUCUGACCCUGUGGGCCUCCUCCUUAGACCACUCCAGAGGGCCUGACGACAAAAAGAGUUUGUAAAGUCAUGAUGUCAGGAUGUAUGUAAUGUUCCGGAGGGUCUGUUCCGUGCUGGGUCCUAGGGAGGGAAGAGUAGCAGCGCGAACAUGGCGGGAACUGAGUUUGCAAUGAAGUCAGUGAACUCUACUCUGCAGAGGGACCGGCAGUGGUGUGGGGCACACAGCAGACAGACAGACGCUCAGGGCCACGGGCAAGGUCCGUGUGAACUGUUGCAGGCCAGUGGCCCGUGGGGUGGGACGGGGCAGACAGAGGCCCCAGAGGGAGAUGCGUGAAGCCUUGAAGGACCUCCCGUGAGCCCAGUUAAGAACUGUGUUCCCCACCCGCUGCAACAGGCAGGAGGCAGCCGAGGGACAGGAUUUGAUUAGCAGGAGGGAGGCUGGUUCCUGCUAAGGAGGAUGCGGAUUCCUGGGCUUUGUUAGCAAGGAGAUUAUAGUUUUUAACGGAACCACAGAAGUGAUGAGGAUGCAGAAGGCAAGCUGAGGACAGAGCACAAGGGGACAGCCUGCAGCCUGCCCCCCCCCCCCACCACCACCGAGGGAGCUGCGUGACAUUCCUCAGGCACUCCCCACUGCCCUAAAGCUAAGGGAAGGAAAAACAAAUGGUUAACUCAUAGAGAUCCCAGUCCUGCAAGACAGGAGUCUCCCUCAGUUUACAAAGGUCUUAGUGAUUUACCAAGAAAAAAAAAAAAAAACACCAUUCUUAUCAAUAACCUAACUUCCAGAAGGAAACUCCCAACUGUCUUACUGUUAAUGCUUUACUAGAGGGAAAAACGACAAUGGCAGGCCUCCAUUAUCUUGUAGGUCCUCUUUAGCAUACAAAAAUUCUUUUGAAAACCUCACUUUUUCCUUACCCCCAACUCCCAAGUAUAUAAUCAAGUCACCCGUCACAACCCCGGGGCAACCCCUGUCCCUGUGCUUUAUUAAAACCACCAGUUUGC